AAGGUCUGGAGAGGCAGAGGACGAAUAAUCGACGAAAGCAAAAAAAGUGGGAUUAAGGAUUUGAAGAAAGCUGUUCCUCUUUUAUCAGCUGGAAGAAAAGGGACAAAAGUAUGAGGAUGACUCCAAAUGCUGAGGAGUCCAUCAGGUGUGGCGCGUCCUCCUGCAGCUGUGCAUCUUUUAAACCCAGAAAGGUCCAGCUCCGGUUCUGUGAUCUCUGCGGACACAGCUGGGUAGAACAUGCUUUGGAGAAGUUCCAGGCCCCUGCAGCCUCCAGCUCUGGCCCAGUGGAAGUGGCCCUUCCCGGGCUGGUGUUUGACCUGAGCUCCCUGGUGCUGUUCGGAGCUCAAGCAAUUCCUGUUCAGCUGAAGAUCUUACUGGACCGCCUCUACAGCGUUCUGUCCCCAGAACAGGUGGGUCAGAUCCUGAACAGUCUGGGCUGGAGUUUGGCCGAUUAUGUUCGGGGGUACAUGCUGCAGACUCCCAGUGGGAAAGUGUUGGACCGCUGGUGCAUGGCCACUCCUAAAGAAGAACUGCUUGCUCUUGGACAGUUCCUUCGCUUUGGAGAGACUCGCCCUAUUGUGGAGUUAAUGAUGCUUCAGUACCCAGAAGGACACACAUACUAUGUCUGA